AUGUCACAAGCAACAAUAACAAACCCUUCAUCACAACCACAACCACCACUUACAACCAUAACCACGACCACAACGACCUCUCACAACCGCAACCACAACCACAACGACCUCUCACAACCGCAACCACGACCACAACGACCUCUCACAACCACGACCACAACCUCUCACAACCGCAACCACGACCACAACGACCUCUCACAACCACGACCACCUCUCACAACUGCAACCACGACCACAACGACCUCUCACAACCACGACCACAACCUCUCACAACCGCAACCACGCCCACAACGACCUCUCACAACCACGACCACAACCUCUCACAACCACAACCACAACCACGACCACCACUCACAACCACAAACCACAACCACCCCGCAGCCGAGCGCCCUCUGGUGUUGA